AUGUGGCCUGCUAGCUUCAAGUGUGACGUCCUUGGAAAGCUGGCCCAUACAGGCUUGAUUCAGUCUCAGCAGAAAAAUGCCAAAAAGCAAGCUGGACAAAAGAAGCAAGGACAUGACCAAAAGGCUGCUGCCAAAGGUGCCCUAGUAUAUACCUGCGCUGUCUGUAGGACACAAAUGCCAGACCCUAAGACCUUCAAGCAGCACUUUGAGAAUAAGUAUCCUAAGACUCCACUUCCUCCAGAAUUAGCUGAUGUUCAGGCAUGA